UGUCCUUUUCCACAACCCAUCUCCCCAAAACACAAGCUCAGACAACAUUCUCCACUUUCUCCAUUCUGCCAAUGGUGAGCAACACUCGAAGAAGCAAAAUUUGUUCCUACUAAGAGUCUUUUCCUAUUGCUUAAGAAGAAGAUUUUGUGGCCUUGAACAACCAACUAAACAUAAGCACACAAUGGCUACCCUGAAUCCCAAAAUCCCUCUGUUUUUCACCUUUCUUCUAAUCCAAGCAACCUCCCCUGUUUUUUCUUCUUCUUCUUCCCCUGCGUCAUCCAAAUGCUCAACCCACACCUUCUCCCAAAACAGAGUCUUCCCUUCAUGCGUCGACCUCCCGUACCUCGACUCCUUCCUCCACUGGGACUACGACCAAUCCACCGGCGUCCUCCAAAUCGCCUACCGACACGCAGGAAUCAGCUCCCCUGCCUCCACGUGGGUCGCCUGGGCAAUCAACCCUUCCGCCCCUGCCAUGAUCGGUUCGCAAGCUCUCGUCGCCUACCAUCGAGACGGCCAGCUCACCGCCUACACCUCCCCAGUCAACGACUACUCCACGUCUCUAAUCGAGGCGAAGCUCAGCGUCGAUGUGAGGGACGUUACAGCGGAGUAUUCGGCAGGGGAGCAAGAGAUCGUCAUCUUUGCUUACAUUCGGCUGAAGGAGAACACCACGAGCCUGAACCAUGUCUGGCAGGACGGGCCGGUGGACGCGGGUAAGCCGAUUCAGCACUCGACGAGUGGGGGUAAUGUGAGAGCGGCGGCGACUCUGAAUCUGCUGUCCGGACAAUCUGCGGGCGGUGGCGGUGGUGAUGAUCGGAUGAGGAAGAGAAAUAUCCAUGGGGUGAUAAAUGUAGUGAGUUGGGGAAUUAUGAUGCCAAUUGGAGCUUUGACAGCAAGGUACCUCAAAGUUUUCAGCUCAACUGGCCCUGCUUGGUUUUACCUUCAUCUUAGUUGCCAAUCCAUGGCCUAUAUCAUCGGAAUCGCUGGCUGGAUCACCGGGUUGCAACUUGGUAGCCAGUCUCCAAGCAUCGUCUACAGUACACAUCGAACGAUUGGGAUCGGUCUCUUCUGCCUUGGAACCCUUCAGGUGUUUGCUUUGUUUCUAAGGCCAAAACCAGAUCACAAGUACAGAUUCUACUGGAACAUAUACCACCACACAAUUGGGUAUGCUGUCAUCACUCUGACUGUCAUCAACAUAUUCAAAGGGUUUGAAAUCCUGCAGCCUGGCAAGAAAUGGAAGAAUGCUUAUAUUGGUGUGAUCGUCGCGCUGGGAUUCAGCGCCGUGUGGCUGGAAGCUUCAACCUGGUACAUCACCGUGAAGAGGAGGAGGUCAGAGAGAGAUAAUGGUGACAAGCAGGAACCACAGAGGAGUAGCAAUGGAGCUUAGGAACAACAGAUGUGGUUUUGUUCAGAUAAUUGACCUUCCAUCCCUUAUUCUUCUUCUUACAGUCUCAUUCAAAUUGUAACGUUUGUUUGUUAACUUAUUGCAAAUGUUUAUUUAUAGGGAAGGGCACUUUGAUUUUUCAUGUAGAGGAAGUUUCCAUGUUGUACCUGGUGCAGGAUAUAGCCAUAUAGGUUUGCUUCCACAUGUAUCUGUUUCUUUCUAUGCAGCUAAUAAUACCCACUGCUUCUUCCUCACCAUUUCCAUGUCAUAAUCAU